AAUCUAGUGGGCAGGAGUGAGUCAUUUCAACCAGUCCUGUGCCGUCCCUCUUGUCCCAUCGUUUGCAAAGAUGUCGUUGAAAGAGCUAUCCUCGCUGGAAAAGGCUUUAGGAUUGAAAAAUACUAACAAAUACAGUACUCAGGGGGAUAGGAAGGUCCCAGUCCUGCAGAGUAUUAAUGGACCAGCUCUGGUCGGCUUGGUGACCAUCGCCACUCACCUGGUCCAGGAGGCCAAGCGGCCCGAGUUGCUGGGUGGGUCAGCAGAACACAAGGCUGUAGUGCAGCAGUGGCUGGAGUACAGAGUCACCAAAGUGGACGGAUGCCACAAAGAAGAUAUCAAGACCAUACUAAAGGACCUCAACAGUUAUCUAGAAGACAAGGUUUACCUGGCAGGAAAUCAGUUCACUCUAGCCGACACACUCAUGUACUACGGAAUUCAUCACGUCAUCGUGGACCUGGCCGUCCAGGAGAAAGAGAAGUACAUGAACAUGACGAGGUGGUUCGAUCACGUACAGCACUACCCCGGCGUCCGGCACCACCUGCCCCCCGUGGUGGUCCUGAGGAACAGAGUCUACACCAGCGGCCACCACUGAGGUUUCCUGCCCCGUCAGGGUGCACUGCUGGCUGCCAGGAUGGCCCAGGGCGGACUUGAGGGCUAAACAGCGGGGUGCUGACAUCUCAUCCUCCCCACGUACCCAGCAGUAUGGGCCCCUCCCUCGCCUUCGAGACGUUCUGUGUCUUUUUGUUGUUGUUGUUGGGAGUCUGUCUGUUUUUUUUAUGACUGCAGAUGCUGUCAGUGUCAAGGUGUAGGGAUAUUCUAGUGAUGCUAUCUGAAACUGGCUCCCUGAAAACAUUCUGGCUGGUGAAUGGCAGUAGGGUUUGCUGAUACCUGUCAGCAAUUCUUGUCUUUUCACUUAAAUGGAUAGUUCACCCAAAUUACAAAAUGACAUUGGUUUCCUUACCCUGUAAGCAGUCUAUGGACAAGGUAUUACAGCAAUCAAUAGUUUAGUUUCCCAUGCACUGUUAACACGUGCUAAUGUUUUAGCGUUUGUGGCACAAAUCCCAUUCAAGUCAUAGAACUGAUAUUAGCAUUUUUUGUUCUAAUCAUCUAUGAUUUUGUUGAACUGCACAAACCAUUUUAGAUACUUUGGAUGAUUUAGACAUGAUACGCUAAAUGGGCUAAUAUCAGUCCCUUGACUUGAUUGAGAUUUGUGCCCAAAUGCUGAAAUGUUAGCAUGUGGAAACAGUGCCAGGGAAACUAAAAACAAAGCAUGGAUUGCUGUAAUACCUUGUCCAUAGACUGCUUACAGGUUAAGGAAACCAAUGUAAUUUUGUAAUUUGGGUGAACUAUCCAUUUAACCUAAGCCAAGAUUGUGAAAAAUUAUUAUUAAAAAGUACACGUGAGUUAAUAGUUUGCAAUGUCGCUUUAAAAAAAGUCCCUCUUUUGCAAUUUCAAUGUCUCAACAUUUUACUUAAACAAAAUAGUUCCAGUCUGCCCAACUGUGUUCAACUAUGUAAUCAUCAUCCACCACAGAUCCCAGGUCCAUUAUCAACUUUCCGUCCUCAUGAAUUUAUUCUUCAGUCUUAGUUUCUCAAGCUGCUGUUCCACCAGCAGCGUGGGCAGCAGCCUCUAGUUCAGAUCAGAGUCACUCGAAUCAAUCUGUGUGUUGAUGCUGAAGGGCAGAGGGCAGACUACCAGCUGCCAUAGAGGCCACAGCGUGCCUCUGUCCAAUGCCAGAGCCCUGGGUGACAGCCACGCAUUGUGUGUCAUUUCACCCUCUUACCCAUGGGGAGAGGGGCCCAGGGGGUGGGAAAUCAUUUUACGAAAACAUCCGAGCGAUAAUACACACUCGCACCACUCACACAGCAGACUGGAUUUAGCCAUUAGCUCUGUCAGUGGUAGGAAUCACAGCUAAUAUAUAUAUAUUGAAAUCGCUGUGUUUGCACAACAAAAUAGUUGGGUAAUAUUUGUCUUAAUUGUGAAAACUUUAUCUUGUGUUUCAAACUGUUAACUGGUUUACAUUGUUACACUUUCAUCCAGCCUGUGUUUUGUCAUAUACACCCUUCUUGGCCCUCCUAGUUUUCUGAUAUGUUCUUCCUUAUGACGGCUGCUGCUUUAAUGCUAUGUUUUUGUGUUAUUUAAGUCUACAGAAGGUUGUCCUGUGCCAAUAAAAAUCAAAGGGAAACAAAGAUAA